UGUGGGCGAGAGGGGCGUCCUGACAUGUACGGUCUGGGAAUCCGUCUCGGAAUCUAUCUCCAGUGGUUUGGCGAGAUUCUUGUCGAAUUCUUUGACGAAGCAGACGUCUCAGACAUUCGAUUGCUGGGCCUGCUUCUGUCUGGCGCCAUUGCUCUGGCGUUGCUUGUCGAGAUUGUGGAUCAAAAUGUCCAAGCAGCAGACAUUUACAUUGUGCUUCAGCUCGCUGGUGGCUCAUACAUCUUUCUCGCACCAAUGUACGUCUGGAGAGCACUCACAUGCUGUGAUCGAAAAUGGGAUCCGUUGAAGUGGACGAGAGAAAUCUACAUGCCGGUCUACGGUGUUUCGACCAUGAUGCUUAUGGUAAUCAUAUCAGCUCUGCAGCUCUGGUUCUUUAGCACCUAUAUGCCGACCAAGGGGCGCCAUUGCGAUUAUUACGGCUUCUUCUUCACCAAAGUCAGGCUCGAUAACGUCGCAUUCAUCGUGAAACAUCUCCUACGCACCAUGCGAAGCAUAUCUAACGUAGUUGUCUGUGGACUUCAUAUCACCGCCAUUGAGCUGACAAUACGAUGGAACCAGUUUGACAAUAUCGACGGAGUCAACACCAGUGGGCAGACCAUUCCGCUCCUGGUGAGCAUCGGCAUCCUGAUCCGU